AUGAUGAUACAAGCUGGUGACUAUGAACAAAACACUGGCGAGGGAGGUCAACAAUUGUUUGACUAUGACAUUUCAUCGGAAUACUACAACCAUCCUUGUGACACCUCUUACUUGAUGUGUGUUGAACGAGAGUCUUCUCGCAAAAACGCAUCUCAGUUCCUUUUUACAACCACAAACUUAUCCUACAUGAAAGAUAAAUUCAUUGUCAUUGGACAAGUCACUAAAGGAAAAUCCAUCCUUAAUAGAAUUGAGAGAGGUGUACCGACUGUUGAAACCACAGGACAACCCACCUUGGAUGUUGUGUUCACUGAUUGCGGGGUUUUGGAGGAAGGAUGUGAUGAUGGAGUUCUCGAUAAGACAUGCGUGGAAGAAGGAGAUGUUUACCCUCAAUAUCCUGCAGAUGAAGAAGAAAGCGAUUCUCUCUAUAAAAAGCUGGAGAUUGCUGAAAAAUUGAAAGAAUUGGGAAAUCACUUUUUCAAACAAAACGAUCUUCAAAAAGCAGUAGAAAAGUAUGAAAAAGCGUUCAGAUAUCUGGCACCUGGCCUCAGGGAUGACAGUGAGCGUAAACUUUUAGAGGAAAAGGAAUUAAUCUUAUUAGGCAACAUUGCAGCAGUCAAGAUCAAGCAAGCAGAGCAUGCUGCGGUUAUUGAACUAUGUUGCAAAAUUCUUCAGCUUGUAGAAUAUCAUAAGGACAUGGAAGGCAUUCAAGGUAUUGAGACUAAGGCCAAGUUCAGACGAGGUGUUUCAUAUUUCAACAGAGGUGACUGGCUUAAUAGUUAUGUGGACUUGUCAGAUUUGAAAGAAAAAAAUCCAAAUAACAAGGAAAUUGAAUCAUGGCUUUACAAAGCAAAAGUUGAGCUUGAAAGGUACGAGAAAAAAGAAAAACAUACCUAUUCCAAGCUAUUCCAAGAUGAUUAG